CAGGCCGAGUUGUCCCUAAAAUAACGCUCAAGAAAAAAUCAUGCCUAACUGGGAAUGGCGAGUGUUUUCUCCUGCCAGCCCCUCUAGCAGCUUGCCCAGUGAGAUGUGGUCUCUGAUUGGUGUGUCUCCAGCCAGCAGAGAGCCAGAUAGAACUGAUGUCUACCUGACAUGCACACCAGGAGCUGGACUAAAGCUGAGAUAUGGAGCUGAAGUUGAGAUAAAGUUACGACAAGCGACAGUCAGUGAUGGAACUGAAGCAUGGAAGAAGGUUGUGAGCACCACACUGCCUCGUGGCAUUGACAGCCAAGACCAAGUGGCAGUCGGAGAUGUCUUCAAGAGAGAACUAAUACGAUUGCAACCCAAAACAGCCAAAUCUGGCCUCAAGGAAAGUCUGGAAGAAGCUCUUUCUGCUCUGAGUACUGCACAACAGUUUGUAACAAUCAAAAAGUCUCGUAUCAAGAAACGCACAUUUCGAUUGGACGUUGACUCAGUGGAGGAGACGAUUGUGAGUGUGAGUGUGGGCGGUGAGGCUGUGACGGUGUGGAGGAGUGUGUGUCUGGAGGCCUCACAAUCAGAAGCUAUCAACAAGACACUUGCUAUGAUGGUUACACCAGAGGGACAUGAGACUAUAAGCCUCAGGGAUUAUCUAAUGACCUCAGGGACAGUCGAGGCUUACCCACUGUUCAUCAUGCACAGAACUUGAACUGAACAGAAAUGUUUUUAUAGCAAAUUCAAUUGACACAAUGUAUCAGAAUGAAAUUGUUUGUACAAAGUGACAAUAAACAUGGUUGCAUUGGUGUUCAUGGAUCUACUGUGUUCGGAGUUAA